UGUCAAGCAAAGCAAACCAACACCAAAAGAAAAGUGGCAUCCAAACAAACAUGUACAUCAUAAUACUCCUCUGUUCAUUUUCAUGCUUCAUCCUUCAUUUUUCACCUACUACCACAAGCUCCAUAAAGCAAGCCACUUCAUUCUACUUCAAGUCUUUCUCUCUCUCUAUCCUUGCUUGUUCCUGAAUCCAUGGAUUGAUUUGACCAAUGUCUUCAACUACAAGAAACUCACCUCAGUAUACAUAGAGAACAAGACUAUCCGACUUUCUAGUUGUUACCUUUGAUUACACUAGUUUUUUUGUUUUGUUUUGGUUUGGCCUUUUAUGUAUCCAAAAAGUUGAUCAUUGAUGAGCCAAUUAUCUACACCUACUCAGUUUCUCGUGUUUCUUACUUCGGAAACUUUCUGGCUGGUUGCAAGAUAAAAUUCCAAGGGGUGAGAAGGGUUAGAAUGGAUUCAUUCAAUCAGAGUUGUCCGAACACCAGCUUCAGGUACAGUCCAAAUUUGAACACAACAACUCAUGCAGAUGAAGAAGCUGAGUUCUCGGGGAUUCUUGAUAUCUUUGUCCAUCAUGCCAGGAAUAUUCACAACAUAUGCAUCUAUGACAACCAGGAUGUGUAUGCCAAGUUUUCUCUUACUUACAACCCUGAUGAAACCCUCUCCACCAGAAUCAUCAAUGGAGGUGGCAAAAACCCCACAUUCAAUGAAAACUUGAGGAUGAAGAUCACCCAAAUAGAUGCUGUUCUCAAGUGUGAAGUUUGGAUGUUUAGUAGGUCGAGGAUUCACAUGGAAGAUCAACUUUUGGGGUUUGCUUUGGUUCCUAUUUCACAAGUUGUUGGGAAAGGAAAAGUGACUGAAGAUUACAGCCUUUCAUCCACUGAUCUUUUCCACUCUCCUGCUGGAACUGUCCAACUAUCACUCUCUUUAGACCCUUCUUUGGCACUCAAUUCCUCCUCAGUGAAUUUGAUACCUGAAUCAGCAAAGAACUCAUCCAUUUCGUCAGAGGUUAUUUUGCUUGAUAGAAAGAUCUCAGAAGUAAUGUUGGACCCAGUUGAGUAUGCUAGAAUUGAAUUUCCAGAUAUCAGUGUGUUGAAGGAGAACCAACAAAUGGUUUCUGAGUACUUCAAUUUGGCUUCUCAUGGCACUACUUCUGCUCCUUCAAGGUCCAACAUUGGAGGGCUACUACCGUUUCUUCACCUUGGUGCAUCUCCUCAACUUGAUGAUUAUGAGAUGACUAUGAGUUCACCAGAUGAGAGCAUUCAGAACUCUUGCUUUCUAGGCUCCACUAUUACAACCUUAAGUGAUGACAGAAACUCAGCAGACUCAGUUGAGAAAAAGAACAAUUUGAGUAAUGGUGACUCAUCAAAUUCUGUCACUGUGUCAGUCACUGUUGAAGGCACUCAAAACUGUGGUGCUUGUCCAGACACUCCAACUUCAAAGAAAGAAGAAAGUGUGGCCAGAGAUGAGAAAGAGGGAAACUUCUCAAGCAAAGAAAAUGAGAGCAAAAAAAGCAAUAAGAACACAGAAGCUGCAAAGUUUGGUCAAGUUUUUUCAGCUCCACUAGGGAACAUUAAUCUAGAAGCUGAGCAAGCUGCUAUGCAGAAACAAAUAGUGGACAUGUAUAUGAGGAGCAUGCAGCAAUUCACCGAGUCCUUGGCAAAAAUGAAGCUCCCAAUGGACCUUGACAAGCCUGAAAAAGUGGAUCAUGGUAAUGGUGAUGUGAUUCAAAAUCAUGACAACAGCAACAAACUAGAGAUUGAUCAGAAGAGAAAGGAUGGAUCACGUGUGUUUUAUGGCAGUAGGGCAUUCUUCUGAUUAAAUCACCUCUUGGUGCUGAAAAUAGCAAGCACGAGAUUGUGAGAAUUUAAUUAUCAUUAUAACAUAUACAGGUACCUACCUCAAUUUCCUCAGCCAUAUUUAUUGAAGAUUUUAGUUAGUUCUGGUUUGUUUGACCCCCACUUUAGGCGAUGACAAUAAUCUUCUGUUUUAGAUGUCUUUAUUGUUUAACUUUAUCAUAGCUGUGCAACCCAAAAAAUGCCUUCAUGACUAUGUAUGCAUAAGUUUUCUAGUGUUAUCAUGGCAAAGUUUUUCUCAAUUUACUAUACCAUUAAAAUUAGUAUGCUUUCUAAAGCAUGUUUAUGUACUAAAAAAGUGUUGACUCUUGUAAAAUUAGUGUGCCUUAUAAAGCAUGUUUAUGUACAAA